AUGGAGGCCUCUUACAACAGAUCUAUUGAACGUCUGCUCGCUUCCUCCAGUUCGUCUAACUCAGUCGGUGAGACAGGAAGUAGGAUUUCGGAUUCUCUGCUCCAGUGGCUGCGUCGGCAGACUUCAAUCGGUGCCUCUCAACACUACCCAGCCUCACCGUCAUCAUCAUUCGACUCUUUCGGACGCCUCCAAGCUUUGGAUUCGUCUACAGUUCACACUCAUACUUCCAUCCCCACCAAGAACGCUGCCAUAGACAUUGUCACGGAUCGUUCGUUUCCAAGCUACGCUGACAAAGUUGGGAGUGGCAGGGAGGCCAACACUGACGUCACUUUAACGGCCUCCUACUGGAGAGGGCAUGAGAGUAACCAGAUUUCCUGUGCAGAAGAUAACGUGUUUCGAGCAAUUUCUGAGGUCAUGGUGCAGCUCAGCUGCAGCCAUUCCAACCCUGACGUCCACUCAGUGCUGGGUCCGAUUGAGCUGACCUCUAGUUUUUACAGAAGACCCAGGUAA